UGUGGCGGAAGUCAUUUUUUUUUCAAUCAUUUUCCCGCGGUUACCCUAGGUCUGUGUUUGGGAAGCCGGCUGCUAAAUGCGCAGCCGCGGAUUUGGCUGUGGGAAUUUGUUUGUUGAAUCGCAUUUUCCCGAUAUAUAGUGGAAUUUAUAACCGCAGGACAGGCCACCUUGUCAGAGUGACGUCACGGCCGCCAGCUUUAUUCCCUCCCUUGCGCACUUACAUUCGCUCCUCCUCGAUCUGUUGGCUCCGCAGCAGCAGCAGCAGCUCCAGUGUUAGCUUUGGAGUUUUCUGUUUGCCGUUGAACAGCUGUAGGUGCAUCAGCAUGCCGCCCAAGAGCCCUAGAAAAACACAGAUGCGCAGUCAGAGGGAACCCCGCAGUCCCAGCAGGCCUGAUUUUCAAGAUCCAGACUUUAAUGUUUUGUGUGAAACUUUGAAGAUUUCUAACAAUGUUAGAGAUAAAGCUUGGAAGACAUAUGAGAAAAUAUUUUCCUCCGGCUAUAUGAUGAGAGAAGCCACCAAGAAAACAGAGUUAUUGGGUCUUUGCCUUUAUAUUGCUUCUGUGGACUGUGAGGAAAUGACGUUUACAUUUACAGAACUGUUAAAAACUUUGACGCUAAGUGUUAGUAGAUGUUUUCGACUUUUGAGAGAAAUGGAUAUCAACAUGGAUGUUCUCAGUAACAAAGUUGACAAUGCAAUUUCAAAGUUAAAGAAAAAGUAUGAAACCAUGUGCCUUUUGUACCAGAAGUUUCAAAGGACAUUUGAAAUUAUUUUUGAGGAACAACACAAUACUCUGGCUUCUGUUGACACUGCAUCUAUUCUGAAAGGAACUUGGAUUACAUUUCUGUUAGCUAGAGGAAAAAUAUUACAGAUGGAUGAUGACCUGGUGAUCUCAUGUCAGUUGUUACUGUGUGUUUUGGAUUAUUUCAUCAAACUUUCACCCCCGUCAGUUCUCAAGGAACCAUACAAAAGUGCACUGAAUGCAUUAUCUGUUAAUACCCCACCUCGAUCUUCGCGGCGUAGCCAGAAUAGGAACACACGUUCAUCACCACAAUCUGAAACAGACAUAAAAGUGCUAGAGAUUCUUUGCAAAGAAAACCAUUGUCCUAUGGAUGAGGUGAAAAAUGUCUAUUGCACAAGUUUUGUUGAUUUUUUGGCUUCUGCUGGAAUAUCCUCUAGUGAAGGUUUUCCAAAGGUUGAAAGCAUAUCACAACAAUAUGAAGAACUUUAUCACAAGUACAAGGAUUUAGAUGCCAGGUUAUUUUUGGAAAAUGAGGAAACACUGAAAGCUGAUGUUCAAGACAGCUUGGACCUUGAGAGGACACCUCGGAAAGAUGAAUCUGAAGAAGUUUCUAUAGUCCCUCCACAGACACCAUUUAGAGCUGCAAUGAACACAAUACAUCAGCUAACGGUUACAUUAAACUCUGCAAGCGACAACCCAUCUGAUAAACUCAACUCUUACUUCAAUAACUGCACUGUUAAUCCAAAGACCAAGGUUACUGAGAGAGUUGAACAUUUUGGGCAUGUUUUCAAAGAAAAGUUUGCUAGUUCUGUUGGUCAAGCGUGCGCAGAAAUUGGAUACAAGAGGUAUAAACUUGGAGUGCGCUUAUAUUAUCGAGUGAUGGAAGCUAUUUUAAAAACGGAGGAAGAGCGCUUGUCUGUUCACAAUUUCAGCAAGCUGUUGAAUAAUGACAUCUUUCAUAUGUGUUUGUUGGCCUGUGCUGUUGAAGUUGUCAUAGAUUCUUAUACAAGAAAUACUGCUCAGGCAUAUUUUAGUUCAAGAACCAAUCUGUCAUUUCCAUGGAUCCUUCGGGUAUUUGAAAUUAAAGCUUUUGACUUUUACAAAGUAAUUGAAUGCUUUAUCAAAGCAGAGCCAAGUUUAACAAGCGAUAUGAUCAAGUACUUAGAGCGCUGUGAGCAUCAAAUUAUGGAGAGCCUGGCUUGGCAAUCAGAUUCACCACUGUUUGAUCUAAUCAGACAAACAAGGGAACGGGAGGGUUUAGUGGAUCAUCCAGAACUGGUGAGCACAUUGCAGCAGCCGGUACAGCACAAUCAUACAGCCGCAGAUUUGUAUCUCUCACCUUCAAGAUCAUCCCAUCAAUGUCCUGUAACUAGUGUGCGCACCUCAUCUGUUACUAAUGGGCAGGUUUCACCCUCACAACCAGUUCAGCAGAAAUCAACCUCACUGUCACUCUUUUACAAAAAAGUGUAUCUUUUGGCAUAUAAGCGGCUUAGCAGUCUCUGUUCCAGCCUUCUCUCUGACCAUCCGGAACUUGAACAGGUGAUCUGGACACUUUUACAGCACACACUACAGCAUGAAUAUGAACUUAUGCGUGACAGACAUUUAGACCAGAUUAUGAUGUGUUCUAUGUAUGGGAUAUGCAAAGCAAAGAACAUUGAUCUAAGAUUUAAAACCAUUGUAACAGCUUACAAGGGACUCACAAAUACAAACCAGGAGACAUUCAAACACGUACUGAUCCGAGAUGGGCAGCAUGACUCUAUUAUUGUCUUUUAUAAUUUAGUCUUCAUGCAGAAACUAAAAAGCCAUAUCCUACAGUACGGAUCAGCUCGGCAUCCAACAUUGUCUCCUAUUCCUCACAUCCCAAGGAGCCCUUACAGAUUUGGCAAUUCUCCAAAGGUUCCAGGAAAUAUUUAUGUAUCACCAUUAAAAACCCCAUACAAAACAACUGAUGGCUUGCUUUCUCCCAGCAAGAUGACUCCAAAAACAAGUUUCCUUAUUUCACUUGGCGAAACAUUUAGGUCACCUGACAGGUUUCAGAAAAUUAACCAAAUGCUUAACAGCUGUGAGCGACCAAUAAAAAGAUGCGCUGAUACUGGUGCUGCUCCAAAGCCCCUGAAGAAGCUUCGUUUUGAUACAGAUGGACAAGAUGAAGCUGAUGGAAGCAAACAUAUAUCUGAAGAAUCCAAAUUUCACCAAAAGCUGGCAGAAAUGACAUCCACGAGAACAAGAAUGCAGAAGCAAAAGCUCGAGGAAUCGCUGGAAUCUCCCCAAAAAGAGGAAAAGUGAAGCAGUUUUUGAUAUGUUUAUUAUUGUGCCUAAAUUUCCUAUUUCUCUCCAAUUGACCCCAGUUGAUUUUAAUGGAAAAGCUUUUGGCUUUCUAUUGGAAUUGUUUUCUAAAGAACGCAAGUUCAUUUUUUUUUUUACCAGUUUUUGUUUUAAUUAUACAAAAUUUUAUAGACUUUUAAUCUGUUUAAUAAGUCACAGUUUCAGUUCUUUCAUUCUUUGUGUAUUUAAGAUUUCUGAGGGGGUGAAACUGAUGUGCACUAUUCCUCCCAAGGGAACUUGGGAUAUUUGAUACUUGAGCUACUGUCUGAGCAGUGUGCGCAUAUUUAUCAAGCUAGACAGGAUAACUGUCAGUUUCACUUACAGCCAGACUACUGAACAAAAUACUCCUUUUUCCUUGUUAUAAUUCAUGAUGUAUAUAUAUGUGUGUAUGUGCUUCCCUUUGGCACAGAAGGGUAUGAUGGGAGUUACACAAAUCCAUUACGUAUGCAACAACUCAGCAUUCACUGUACCCUGCGAGUUAUUAGUAAUCAUUUAGGAACGUCCACUAAAGUGGAAGAAUCCACAAAAACUUGAAUAGAGGGCAUAACCCCUACCAUAUAAAUCAAUAUUAAAUUGCUCUUUAGAUUUCAAGAUAUUAGCAGUUUUUUUUUACACUGCUUAUAUCAUCAAUGUGUUACCUGUGUGCCCACUGUAUUCUGGUGCUGGCAAGGGCCCUGGCGGAACAGCAAAACCUGAAUUUACUGAAGCAGUAAGGAUCUCCUGCUGUCACACUGAGCAAUAGAACUGAGCAGGGAAGUGUCAAGAGACGCUUCAUACUUAAGUUACAGGCAGGGAGUACUUAGGUCACGCAUGUGUGAUAUUAACAAACUCCUAAUAAAAUGAAAUCUAAGAAAAUAAUAUAUAGAUUGCAAAAGGCCUGGGAAGAGCAUCCAUGAGCAAUGCCCAGGGCACUUUUACUGACUGCACUCUGACUGUUAGAUGGAAGCAUUUCUAAUGAGGUACUGAAAUAACCUGUAUUGGUACCUUUAACCCCACAGAGUCUUUUAUUUUAUUGUGCUUUUAACUUCCAACAUCUUUUAAUAGUUUAGCUUUGCCUUGUUUUGUGUCCAGACACUGCAGUUUUUCUGUGCCACAAUAUAGGUAAGUUUUGCUUGUGGCAAUACACAUACAUGUAAAAAAAAAGUUUAUGCUGUUUAUAAACCAGUUUUCAUAUAUUGUACACUUCCAGGGGAAUCAUUCAGGAACCCCCAUGUGGCCUUUGCACUAGCUUCACAACAGAGACACAUAAGGAAUAUCCAGCUUCUGCCAUUCCAGCAGCCCCAGCCAGGUUCGGAGAGAGUCACAAGUAGUGCUCUAUAGGAAUUAAGGAAUGCAGCAGAAUAUAAAAGGGCAUGAGAAUAUAAAACAGGAAAUUCUGCAUCGUAUUGUAUUGGGUUCUACCCAUUUGCACUGUGAGAUCACAUUGCUGGGAAACAAUCAAAUGUAGUUUGUUGUUUUCUUGCCAUGUUGGUGACUCUUCAUAUCCCUUUGCCCUAACAGCUCCCAUGAUAGCCUUCUUGUGUCCCAGAGACAGGCACAUAACACAUACACAGUGGGAUUUCUUGUGCCAAUUCUAGUCCUGCAUACUUGCACUCAGGUUCAUUCAUAAAGUGUUCCCACAACUGUACUGUGCCUUUUAGUGAAUAGGGUGUGCGUGCCAUACUUACCAUAACCCCUCUCUUUAUACAGACAUAUAUCUGUUUUUGCACAUAGGACAUGAGGUUCAGCUCUCACAUUUGCUCAUCCUGCAAGUUACACAUUUCUGGAGAUGGGCCUGUAUCUAUUCUUUAUCAAUAUUAUUUGAGUAUUGUUGGGAGACAACAUGGCGCCUCUUCCACCACUGCAAAAUAUAUCGCUUACUACAACUUGGCAAUUUAUUUCAAUAGCCCCUGCUUAUCAUACUCUCUGCCUAUAGGCUUUGCCAGAACCUAAUGUACGCAACUAUAACUGCUGCUCUAUGUCAGUAAUGUAAAGCUGAAAAGAGAGAAUUAUAUUGAUCACAUUGUAACAGUUUAUAGAGUCCCUGCUACUGGGAAACUUCAUUCAUUUAUUUUAAAAACAUACAUUUUAGAAAACCAGAAAAAAACAGGAAGCCAUUAAAAAAUAAAAAAUCAUUAUUUGUAGUUUCUGAUUCAAAUAAAAUGUUUUGUGAAGGUGAAUUUCCAUUUUCAGGACUCUGUUACGUGAUGUUACUGGUUGUGUUAUGUCAGGUUCCUGGAGAGGGCUCAGCACCCAUUUCUGCACCUGACAGAACAGUAACGUCUCCAUCAUUCUGGCACAGAAACCACACACCAACUUCUCCAUCCCUCUGCCAACAUGUAUCCCCCAGUGCCGUACAGCCAGACUCUCAUACAUUCACUCUUAUACACAGUGCCGCCAUGAUCCCAAAGGAACAGCAAGCAAACAAGAUGCUCACUUCCAGGCAAACAAUACAGAAGUUCAGCUGUGUUUGUAGAAAUGUUUAAGCUUUAUGUUCACAUUCUGUAAAACCUUAAUAAUAUUUGCAUCUGGUUCUGGUUGGAUGAUGGUUUUAAUAAAGGCCUAGUCUGUUGC